GAAGAAACAGCACAACCUUUCACUUGCUUCCCCUACACGUGUUUCUUCUUUCGAUUUCUCUCGCUCUUAAAAUUAGACGUUUUUCAAUUUCACCCACCUUUUUUCCUCUCUCUAGAUUUCCCCCAAUCCUACAUCUCUAUUUCUCUCUCCUCUUCCUCAUUCAACCCUAGCGUUUUCCCUGUUUAAAUUUCGUUUACUCGUCUUCGGAUCGGUAUUUUCUCAGGUGAUUAUCUCCUAUAAUCCUUCCUUUUCUUCAUUCUUAUUCUUGCAUAUCGAAACCUAAAAUUAUUGUUAUAUUAGGGUUUUGAUUUGCUAUGGUGGGAGUUUGUUUCCCAUUGUAAAUUUUUCCGAUUCAAUUUGUUUCCGAUUUGAAAACUACUGUAGUUGCAGUAUAAUUUCUCGAUAAUUGCUAACCUAGGUUUAUUGAGUUUUCGAGUUAUUCCUCCCCAAAAAAUUUUAUUGAUUGUUGUUAGGUUUUAUUGUAAGUAUAUUUGUAUAGAACGAAACGAAUUCUUUUUUUUUAAAAUGAAAAAUUUUCCUCGUAUGUAUAGAUGUUUCUCUAUACAAGAAACUCGGUGAUGUUUUUGAUGCAGUUUUUUUGUUUUGCAAUCUGAAAUUGAGGGUUUUCUUGUUCUACUUAUAUUGUAAUUAGGGUUUCCACGUUCUCCCUCUAUUAUUUUUGUUUUUUGUUUAUACUUAUAUUUUUAAAAUACCCAAAAAGAAAUUUUAUAUGAAAUCUAGGGUUUUUUUCCACGAUUGUUGAGGAGAGAGUUUGGUUCUGAACUUAGAUCUAUAUAAGGGUGAAACCGUGAAAGCUGUAUGGCUUUAAAUUUCUCUUAUAGGCCACCAGUCAUUCGAUUUGAGGAGAAUUUUGUGCAUGGGAGGUCACAUGAAAGGGAUAUUUGUGAAUUGUUGCCUGUUGAUCCUUUUGAGAUGGGUAUAGCAGCCUUUACCGGAUUGCUUGAGGAUUGUGCUGAUGUUGGUAAAGGUGAUUUCCAACACACUAUUAUUUCAGGGUGGCCAAAUUGGGUUGAAACUUUCCAAAAUUUUCCCGGGAACAUCAAUAAAGUUGAUGAUAGAACAAUGAUUGAUACUACUGAGGUUACUGAUAGAUUAUCUUCGGAGGAUGAAUUUUGGCUUCCCGAGGACAAAGGCUUUGAUUGUACCUCAAAUGUUGCUAAUUGUGGUACUGCGGGUAAUGUUUGCUGUGAUGGGAUUGAUAGUUACAGGAAGAAUAAUGUGAACGAUAAUUUUCUUCCAGAUGAUGCAAUGUUCGAUUUGAGUGUUCACCUUGCUAGUCAUACUUUGGAAGGUUCUUAUUCUGGUACUCGUUGUGAUUCUAGCUUUCAAGGAAUUAAUAGUGGGGAUCCUUGUCCGGCAUUGAGCUUUGCUCUUGCUCAUCUGGGUGUUCGUGAUCUGCUAUCUGUUGAGAGAGUUUGCAGAUCAUUGCGUUACACUGUUCAAAAUGAUCCCCUUCUUUGGAGAAGUAUUCACAUUGAUCAGCAGCUUAGUGGUAAGAUUACAGACGAUGAUCUUGUACGAUUGACUGAUAGGUCUAAAGGUAUCUUGCAUAGCUUGAGCCUAGUUAAUUGUCACAAAAUCACUGAUGAUGGUUUGAGGCGUGUUUUGGAAAGCAACCUUAUGUUGACUAAGCUGAAUGUGCAAGGAUCUAUGAAACUAACCAUUGAUGGUAUUGUGGAUUGCUUGAAGUCGUACAAAUUGGUAGCUGUCACCGGGAUAAAACAUCUUCGAGUUCAUGCGAUUCUUGGUGUUACCCAGAAGCACUUUGAAGAGCUAAAGUCAUUAUUAGGCAUUGAUGAUAAUUUACAAAAUAAUCGCAUGCCAUGUUUCUUACUCCAAGGAAGUCCUCAUUUAUCCAAUGAAGAUGAUCGUCCUAUUGACAUUGAUAUGUGUCCAAGGUGUCAAAACCCGAGGUUGGUAUAUGAUUGCCCAGUAAAAGAUUGUCAGGGUAAAGACCACACUACUCAGGUGUGCAGGGCGUGCACCCUUUGUAUAGCUCGGUGUGUUCAGUGUGGGAAGUGUUUGAAUGAUGAGAAGUAUGAAGAGACCUUUUUCCUUGAAAAAGUUUGUUCAGAUUGUUGGAACCAAGCAUUGCUGUGUCAAGUGAGUGAAGAUGUGGGGAUCACUACUUCUAUGCAUGGCUAGGAUUGCUACGGCUGGUGGGUAUGUGUGUCUUUGUAUUUUUUGUGCUGAUAGCUAUUGCUGAGGGAUUAAGUGAUCGAAAGAUAACAAUUUUGAUAAAGUACGCAAAAAAAUAUACUUUAGAUCGGGGAACUAAAGCUGUAUAGAAUUGCUUGUCCCCUCUCAUUACACUAUUAUCGUUUUUGGAUGACACUUAUUUUGCUUAGGCUACCUUUUAGUAGAUGGAUUUUGUGUGGGCUGAUGUUUGAAGAACCGAGUCCGGUAAGACCAAAGUUAGGAAAGCUGUUGUGUCAUACUACUAUGGUGAAAAAAGAUUAAAAAAUAUGAAGUGCUGAAGUCCUUGAUUUA